AUGGAACCCGUUGGCUGCAGAACGUUCCUCUUUGCCUUGUGUGUUGUGAUUCGCACACUAGUUGUGGUUUCCGCCGCCGCUCCCAGUUUCCCGCAAACAGACGCCUGCCGGUUCCGGUGUCCCGGUUCGACGAAACCGGUGCCGCGCCCGGCUCACCGUAGCUCGGCCAACGGCUGCGGAACGGGAGACUUCAAUAUACCGGCAUCGGCGCUGCCCCACCCGGAGUUCGAGACGUGCUGCAACCGACACGACAUCUGCUACGACACGUGCGGCGAGAACAGGACCUUGUGUGACGAAAUCUUUGAAAAGUGCCUGACCGGCGUCUGUCAGACGCGUGCAAGCAGUAAGGACAACUGUCUGGCUACGUCGAGGCUCUUCACAACGAUGACUGUGAAGCACGGUUGCGAUCCCUUCUUGAAAUCGCAGAAGAAGGCCUGCGUCUGCAGGGCAACCGACGAACUGUGAUGUGUCUUUCUGGAUCUGUGUUUUCUUUAACGUU